AUGCAUACAGAACAAAAUACAGAUAUAAAUAUUAUAAUACAGAAUUGUAAGAAGCGUAACCUUGAAAAUAACCAAAAUAAUUGUGUGUUGAUUAUAACUGGUUCUCUUAAUCCAAUACAUUGUUCACAUAUAAAAACUCUUCAACUUGUUCGAAAGUAUCUUGAAUCUCAUAAAUCAAGACAAUUGAAUGUUCUCGCUGCUUAUUUAUCACCAACACAUGAUUCGUAUGUUCGCGAUAAAUUGGGUCGUUCGGAUUGGAUUACAGCUGCUGAUCGAUGUAAACUUUGUGAAGAUGUUAUCGGAUCGGAUGAAAAUAUAAAAUCUUGGAUUUCUGUAGCUAAAGGUGAAUGUAAUUCCAAUGAAUUCGUUGAUUUUGAUGAAGUAACUUUAAAUUUGGCUGAUUUUCUCAAUUCUGAACUAUACGAAUCUGAAAAAUUGCUCAAACAUCCAUUAAAAGUUGUUUAUGUAUGUGGUUUGGAUCAUUUUAAUAAAUGUCCUUAUGUUAGACAAUUGGCAACAAAAGAAAAUGUAGCUUGUGCUGUUCUAUAUCGUCCUGGUGCUUCUGAUAGUUUGAUAAAAAGUUUAGAAACAAAAUCACCAAAUUUAUAUUAUAUUGCAUUAGAUGACGAACGUGAAACACUUGUUAAUAUUAGUUCAACAGUAAUUCGACAACAUUACAAUUCAGCUAAGAUAGAUCUUACUCAAUUUACUUAUCCAUGUGUUAUUCAAUUUUUAGAAGACAAAUAUAAUGGAAAAUAA